AUUUUCGUAUCCGCAGUUCGGGCGCGAUGUUCACGUAAUUUCUUGUGCCGGUCGUCUGUUUUUUCGCGAUUUUGAGAUAAAGUACCAAAUUUUGUGACGUAUUUUAGUGUGGAAUUGUCGGAAAUCAAUUCGUCGAAGGCGGGAGCAACUGGGAAACUAGAGUUGAAUUGUUUUUGUAAUGGGUGGAGUCGAUACCAGCAAGUGGAAGCCACGACGAACUCACGGCACGGUUAUCAACAAAGCGCGUAACAAAUUUGCCUGGGCAGUGCUGGCCAUCGGGAGUGCUACGUUCGCUGUUUAUUACUCCAUCAUCAGCUACAUUGGAGGAGACGAGCUGAAACAGCGAUUGCGGCGGAACUUCCUGGAGCAAACCGAGGAAGAAAUCGACCGGCGGAAUUUGAUGCGAUUCAGUCUGCUGGCGCCCAAAAAAGGCGAUACCAUCCGAAAGCUGCUGGAAGAUCAGGAAAACGAACGGACGGAGAAGUAAAAAUGGCAACCAGCAACAGCAGCAAAGGCACUAAAAUUAAGUACGCUAAGUUAAGACUUUUCAAGCCAUCGUCAUCGUCCUCGUCGUCUUCGUCUUUGGCUUCUGGCGGCAGAAGUCAACCAUUGCAGGAGCAUGAAGGGUAAUAUUCUUACUUAAUCGUUGUUAUUUACCGUUGAGGCUUUUAGACCAAAUCCAGGAAAUAAAAUGUAGACAAAUAUUACAGAAGAAA